UUGGGAGUGUGCGCGGGGAACACAAGACGUGGAUGGGCUACUUGGGGGUUUUAGGGAGAGGAACACAUGACUGGCUUCCCGAAUGAAAAGAAUCGAAAAAGGGCGUAGUACUGUUGUGUUACUCUAGAGAGAGAUUUUCUUCCCCCUUCUUUCUAGGAUGUUGGAGACCUGGGUUACCACACUGCUACUGUAGAGAGAGAGAGACAGAGUUGCAUUGAAGUUUCUUCUCUUCUUGUUGGCCUUGGCAUCGCCGUCCUUCGGAUUCUCCAAAGUUUCAAAUAAGUUUCUUUUCGUGUCUCUUCGCCUCUCUUAUUCCGCUGUUUUUGAUGUUUUCACUUGUUUGAUUUGCUUCUUUUUUCUUUUGCCUGCCUUCAUGGGCUAUACUUAAACAUUUUGGGUCUCUCCUCUGUAAGCUAGAGAUCAAUAGCUAUUAUUCUUCGACUCCUACUUUUUUUUUCCUGCUCAAGGCUCUAUCUUUCUAUCCAUUGGUGUCUACUUUAAAUGGCCAAUGCAUAUGGGUUCGUUUCUCCUCCACUUACAAGCCUGAGGCAGAGAAAUUUGCAUUUUUCCGGCUUUUGUCGAUCUGGGUAUUGUCAAUUUCAGAAACUUCCAAGAAGGCUAUUUCUCUGCAGAGCUGUUGAAAGCGAGGAGAAGCUUGCUUCUGGGGUUACCCCUUCUCAAUCUCCAGUGCCCAGGCUUGUAACUAAUGGGUGUAAGCUGGUUGGAUCGGGCUCAGCAGUGCCAAAUCUUCUGAUCUCCAAUGAUGAUCUUGCGAAAUUUGUUGAAACUUCUGAUGAAUGGAUUUCUGCUCGCACUGGGAUUCGUAAUCGACGGGUUCUUUCAGGGGAAGAUGGAUUGAUGAGUUUGGCUGUUGAGGCAGCAAAGAGAGCUCUUCAAAUGGCACAAGUCGAUGCAAAUGAUGUAGACCUAAUCCUGUUGUGCACAUCUACUCCAGAGGAUCUUUUCGGCAGUGCUCCUCAGAUCCAAAGAGCAUUAGGUUGUAAACAAACUCCUUUGGCAUAUGACAUUACAGCUGCUUGUAGUGGGUUUGUGUUGGGUCUAGUUUCAGCUGCCUGUCACAUAAGAGGAGGUGGGUUCCAAAAUGUUCUAGUAAUUGGCGCUGAUGCUCUUUCUCGAUAUGUUGAUUGGACUGAUAGAGGAACCUGCAUUCUCUUUGGGGAUGCUGCUGGUGCUGUAUUAGUACAGGCCUGUGAUGGCAGUGAGGAUGGCUUAUUUGGUUUUGACUUGCACAGUGAUGGAGAUGGCCAAAAGCACUUGAAUGCUGUAAUCACUGACAAUGAAAUGGACCAUGUGGUGGGAUCUAAUGGUUCCGUUGUAGGCUUUCCUCCAAGACGUUCCUCUUACUCAUGUAUCCAAAUGAAUGGCGCAGAGGUAUUCCGCUUUGCAGUUAGGUGUGUGCCACAGUCGAUUGAGUCUGCUCUUGCAAACGCUGGUCUCACCGGGGCCAACAUUGAUUGGUUGCUACUUCAUCAGGCAAACCAAAGAAUCAUUGAUGCAGUUGCAGCCCGUUUAGAGAUCCCAGCAGAGCGUGUUAUAUCCAACUUGGCUAAUUAUGGUAACACCAGUGCUGCAUCCAUUCCUUUGGCAUUAGAUGAAGCUGUUCGAAAUGGGAAGGUGCAAUCAGGCCAUAAAAUUGCUAUUGCUGGCUUUGGAGCUGGCCUUACAUGGGGUUCAACAAUUGUGAGAUGGGGAUGAGAUGCAGUAUCUUUAGACAAAGCCACCUGCAUAACAGAAGAAGAAAUCGAUUCCGAUUUCCACCGUAAUGUAUCAGGGAGAUAGCUGAGGGAGAUGCAGUUGACAUCUUUCCCGCUACCCUUCUGUUCUUUGGAUUUUGCAACUCUUUGGGCAAUCUAAUAAUUUAAUUCUUUGAUGUUGAA